AUGCGAACGCUGUUUCCUGAUGAAUUUGAUUUCUAUCCAAAAACGUGGUUUCUACCAGAGCAAACUGAACAAUUUCAAUCCGAUGUACGUUCUAUCCAUGAAGAGGAUCGAAGACAACUGCGUUCUCUUACAACUUUCAUCGUGAAACCAUCGGAUGGUUCACAAGGAACAGGUAUCUAUUUGAUUCGAGAUGCCACUCGUUGGAAUGCCACUUCUCGACCCCAUGUUGUUCAAGGUAAUGUCUUCAGUUCUGCGUUUAAUAUCUUAUCACGAUGCUAUGAAAUUCAUUUGCAGAGUACAUUGAUCCUCCACUUCUAA